GCGAACGAUUCAUAAUUAGACCUAAUACGAAUAACAAAAAUGGCAGACCAUGAGAAUGAAGCUGAGCAAGAAAGCGGAGACGUAUCCUACUUUUCAAGCAUGCUGUUCACCGACCAGCAAUACCAACCUAUGGUAUUUUUUAUGCGUCCAUCCGCAACAAGAGCUAGACUGAAGCUGCUGAUUGAAAGUGGAGGAGGGAGAGUUACAAGUCGACAUGAUCCAUCAGAGGGUGAUGUAAUCAAAAUAUUAGCAGAUGGAGAUGAGCAUUCUUCCCCUGACUGCCUCUUGCCUUCGUAUAUUGAUGACUGUGUAGCUGCCAACUCCCUCUUAGAUAAAUUUAGUUACAGAGCAAAAAGUUCUACGAAAGAGGAACAAUCAACUUCAGUAUCAGAGGUGACAGUUUCUGUUUCUACAAAAGGGAGAUCAUACUACACUGCAGCUGAAGACAAAGCUAUCCUUGAGUAUAUCGCCAAACAUCCUUAUCAAUAUUGUGGCAACAAAACCUGGCAAAGAAUGGAAAUCAUGAAGAUAACAAACCACUCGUGGCAAUCCAUGCGGGACCACUUUUUAAAGAAGCUUGAAGGAAGUCUCAAUAAAUACACCAAGAAACGUGAAGAAAAUCUUCUGAUGAAACAACAAACAGAUCCAGAUUCAGACGAAGAUAUGAGUAACUCCAAUGAUGAAGACUCCAAUGAGAGAGAAAUUAAGCUUAGCAGUGAUGUAGCACAAACUGAAGAGAAUACAGCAGUAGAGCAACAUAGUGACACGUCAUCCUUCGACAUGGAUCUCUUUCAAGCAGCAAGUGAAGAUUUAAAAGAUAAAAAUGCAGAUGACAGAAGAGAUAGAGGUAUUGAAGAUGGGACAACCUCGUCUCCAAGGCGCACGACCUCCUCUCCAAAGCGCACGACCUCAUCUCCAAGGUGCACGACCUCGUCUCCAAAGCGCACGACCUCUUUUCCAAGGCGCACUCCAAGGCACACGACCUCGUCUCCAAGGCGCACGACCUCUUCUCCAAGGCGCACGACCUCUUCUCCAAGGCGCACAACCGCUUCUCCAAAGCAUACAACCUUGUCUUCAAGGCCCACGCCAAGGCGCACAACCUCUUCUCCAAGGCGCACGACCUCGUCUCCAAGGCGCAAGACCCCUUCUCCAAGGCGCACUCCAAGGCGCACGACCUCGUCUCCAAGGCGCACUCCAAGGCGCUCAACAGCAGCAAGUUCUUCUGAUGAGAACCAAAGCCAGCAAACAGACAGACCUGUUGUACAUGAUCAUGUAGUGCAAAGAUCAACAAGACAAACAAAGAAGGAAAAAGAUGAUGCUACUACAACAUCAACAACAAAGUAUUCAUACAAAACCAGAAGUAAAAGUGAUGGAAUGCAUGUAAGAGAUGAAAAGAUUGUUGUAGGUAGAAAACAGGGAAUUGAGAGAAAAGCUAAAAACCAACGGGAUUCUUGUCAUAAAGAGAAACAUGAUGUAGAUAGAAGGACAAGGAGAGAGCAGAUACUAGAAAACCAAAAUAAAAAAGCAGGAGAAGAGAGUGAUGUUAAAGAACGCAAUAAUGUUGAAAUGGAUAGUGUUGGUGUGCAGAAUGGUGGAACAGAUGAUGAUGGUAAGCAGAGUGGUGCCAUGCAGGUAGAUGAAAUUGAUGAUGGUGCCAUGCAGACGGAAGGGAAUGGUAAAGAAGACAUUAGCACACAUGGAAGAUCAAGCAAAGAAGAUUUCUCUACACCAGAGAAGAUUGUUGUUGUCCGUCUGUCAUCAGCCAAGAAGAGAAAGACUCCUUUCAAACUCAAAUUCGGUACAGAUUCCAUUGAAUCGCAGAAGGAACCAACUCAACCAAGACAACUACCCAUAGUGGACUCAUCUUCAAAUAGAAGGACCUCCUCUAGACGUUUAAGGAGAGGGAUAGAGAUAGUCUCAGAUUCAUCAGCCUCAGAGGAGACGAUGAGUGAUGUGCUUCCAAUGAAGAGAACCAGAUAUACAUCAACACCACAUAGAAAUACAAGUACUGAGUUAGAUAAUUCUGAUCAGCCUUCAGAUACGCAAGUAGAAGGUACUGAUUUAGAUAAUUCUGAUCAGCCUGCAGAUACACAAGCAGAUGAGGAGACCAGCCUAGAGGAGACUGAAGACUGUAUCAACUUAAUUGAGGAAUUAUGCACAAAAUACAGUCAAACCAAAUCAAAGAUCUGUACAGCUCUGUAUGUUAACAGCGGGGAUGUUACAAAAGCUGAAGAAUACCUUCAAUGUAGUUCCCAAACAAACGGUCCAUUGUGGUGCAGCUCUCAAGACAAGAUACUCCUGAGUUCAUCUUGCGAACAAAAUACCUCGAUGAAAUACAGCAAAGCAGUAGUCAGUCAGCGUAUAAAAUGGCUACAGUCCUAAUUAUCUUGUAAUGUACUACUUUAAAAAUAGAUUCAAAUAUAAUAGAAAUUUUAUUAAGUGGUCAGUACAAAAAUCUUAAUCUACAUAGAUCGUUAUUAUGCCCCUGCCCAACAUAGGUGAUGCUGAAGUCAUUAUGUUUUUGGCUUGUCUGUUUGUCAAUCAAUCCCUCUUUCCUGUUAUGAUAUUUCAAGACCCACCAGAGGUAUGAACUUUAAACUUGGGGAUAGUAUAGAACAACCAUAUGAAGAAGAUAUGAUUACAUUUUGGAGUAAGUAGGUCAAAGGUAAUUCAGAAAAUAACAGUUAUCAGCCUUUUAAUCUCAAUAUCUCAAGAACCCAUUUGAGGUAUGAGCUUCAAGCUUGUUGCAAGUAUCUAUCACCGUAAUAAGACAAUCUGAUUCGAUUUGGGGGAUAAGUAGGUAGAAGAUCAGAGAGGUAAAUUUCCAAGAAAUGUCAGGGUUUUAGCCCUUUUAUUGCGAUAUCUCAUGAACAAUUCGACCCAUGAACUUCAAACUUGAAAUCAUUGCGCCUCACCAUAGUGAGACAAAUUGAUUACAUUUUGGAUUAAGAAGGUCAAUGGUUAAAGGUCAGCGAUUUAAUGUACAGGAUAUUAAAGGUUGUUUAACCCUGUUAUUACCAUAUAUCAGUUACUAUUUUCAGCCAUUUUAGCAGUGAACUUUAAGGAUUGCCACAUAAAAGUUCAAAGGCUAUAAAGAUCAUUCAACCUAUAAUUAUAGGCGUUUUGUUCUCAUUGUAUUUUAAGAAUAAUUCGAGCUAUAAUCUUAACUAAAUGAAGGCAGAGGUCCAGUGGCAUUUGUCUUGUGUUUACAAGGUUUUGCAUGCUAUUAUGAACAUGUUGCAUUCAUAUAAUGAUUCAGUUUUAAAGAAGAAGUGGCAGACUAACCCUUACCCUAAAUCUGAUGAACUUUUUUCUUUAAAUUAACUUUAAAAUUUAUUUCACAGUGGAUAACAUGACAAAAGUAAAAGCAAUUACUAACUUGAUAUAUUACAUACAUCCUGUAUCAUAAUACAGAUUGUCAAUACUAUCCCUCUUAUUUGUUGUUGUGAAGAGGGGGAAAUGUGUAAAUAUAUGCAAUGAUAUCUAAGGCACAGGUAUCAACUAUUUCUGUAGUUGAAAAUAUUCUUUAAAUAAUAAAACAUCCAGAGAGUUACUCCCAAAGGGAAAAAUAUAAAUACUGUGUUUCACAGAUAAUAGAUAAUAAUAACUUCUCACAGUGAUUGAUGUACAAUGGUUUUGUAUAUAAGGUUUAUGGCAAUUCCAGCUAGUAAAACAUGUCUUUUUUUACUGUAAGAUGUUACUCUGUGGAAAUAUAUAUAUAUUUUUAAAACUAUGUACCAUUGUAAUUAAUGUAACAUGUUAAUAUCAAAUCAACAUGGAAAUCAGUUAAGUUGUAUAAAGUCAUAUUACUUAUCUGAGUUAUCUCAUUUCAAUAUACCGGUAUAUAAAGUUAGAAAAAAUGUAUGCAGGAAGGUUUGUAUAAGACUGUAGCAAAAAAUUGUAGUAAAUAGCCUUGAAUUUGAAUUGUUAUACAUCUAACUGCUGUAGUUUAUUAAUCAAUAAAUUAUUUGUCAGUUUGGAAAGACAAAA